UGAACCAGGAAGUACCGGGAGUUAACAUGGCUUCGAAAGGACAGGUCGAGAGUUUAACCGAGGAGGUAAUUUGUUCCAUCUGCCUGGAUUUCUUCACCGAUCCGGUUAUACUGGAGUGUGGACACAACUUCUGCCGCUCCUGCAUCACACGGUGUUGGGAAAGGGAGGAGAGAAACUCCUGCCCGGAAUGUAGAGAGGAGAUUGCAGACCGCACCCUCAGGGCCAGUCAGGCCUUGGCAAAUCUGUCUGAGAAAGCUCGAAAACUAAACCUGAAUCCGACAGAGAAGGAAAAUAAACUUCUCUGCGCGGAACAUGAGGAAGAACUGAAGCUGUUUUGUGAGACGGACAAGAAACUGAUCUGCCUGAUCUGUGCGACUGCGCGGGAACACAAGUCUCACAACUUCAUGCCGGUUAACGAAGCCAUUAAAAUGUACAAGGGUCGGGUUAAAUCUUCCUUAGACUCUCUCACAAAAAAGGAAUCGGACUUACGGGAAAUAGAGCAGCAGCAGAAAGAGAAGAUUUCUGGAGUUCGGGAACAGUCACAAAGCAUUCAGUCCCAGAUCACAUCCCAGUUUGAUGAACUGCGCCGGAUUCUCACUGAGACAGAGCAGCGUGCACUCCGAGAUAUCAGGGAAGAAGAGGAGAGGAUUCUAAAUACAAUGAAGAAAAAUCUUCAAGAGAUUCAAGAGAAUUUAAAUUGUAUUCAGGAGGAAAUCUCAAAGUUACAGGAACAGAUGGAUCAACAAGAAAAUGUCACAUUCCUCAUGGAGGAAGCUUGUCGGGAGAUGAGGGUUAGUGAGGAUACCCAGACAUUGUCGGUGACAGAUGAUGCCCUAUUGGUUGAAAAAUUUGAUCAUCCCUAUUUGCUUAACAGAGCAUCGGAAGAAGUGUUUGGCAGUAUUAAGCGAGUCUCUGUCACCCUGGAUGUGGAAACGGCGAGUCCGCGGCUCGAGGUGUCUGAGGAUCGGAAGAGUGUGAAAUUGACCGGGACCCGGAGGGAUCUCCCUGACACCGGGAAGAGGUUCACAGGCUGGUUUUCUGUGCUGGGAUCGGAGGGAUUCACAUCGGGGAGACAUUACUGGGAGGUGGAGGUGACGGGGAAUCGGCGGUGGGGUCUGGGAGUCGCCGCAGAGUCGGUGGAGAGGAAGAUAUGGGUCGGACCCAGUCCGGAGACCGGAUUCUGGAUCAUCAGGCAGCUUGAUGACGAGAUGUGGGUUCACACCUCUCCUGUGUCCCGUCUCCCUGCCGAUCCCAUCCCCGGGAGGGUGGGAGUUUAUCUCCGUUACGAGUCCGGGACAGUUUCAUUUUACAACGCGGAGACCAAGUCCCAUCUCCACACCUUCACUGGGAAUAAAUUCACGGAGAAACUUUAUCCUUUGUUCUGGACUAGGGAUAAAAACCAGUGGCUGAGAAUCUGCUCCGGUUCCGCUCCGGGUCUGUAAACGGGUCGGUUCUGGGACUGGCGUCAGGAGUAAGUCGGUGCAAAUAUAAAUGUGCGGAGAGUGAAAUAAACACGAUAUGAGAA